AUUCAGCCUUCCAUCCUUCUGAGGUCCAUAAAAUGAGAAUCCAAAUUGUUGGUGACAAUAUGCGGACUCUGUAAGCCGCUUAGAGAAGGCUGUAAAGCACUGUGAAGCAAUAUAUAUAAUAUCCUGUAUAUCUUUGGUGGAAUGGUGGAUUCAGCUUUCACACAGAAGAGAAAUCCUCUCUGGAUGUAUGACACAGAUGCAACCAAGUGGAUAGCCUGCCGGUUCCCAGCAAUAACGGGGGAGGUUCAGGUUCCUGUUAAUCGGAAGGGCCAUAGUGCUGUGGUCUACAGGGGCAAUAUGUACAUAUAUGGGGGAUACAUUGACAUUAAAGGUGCUUCCCAAGAAUUCUGGACCUUUCAUUUUGAUACAAAACAAUGGGCCUCUCUAUCAGCUGCAUCCAGUGGGAGUAGCCCAGGUCCCCGACAUGGUCAUUCUGCUGUGGUUUACGGCAAUGGCAUGUACUUGUUUGGAGGAUUAAUGGGACUGAGCGAACAGAAGGACUUCUGGAUGUGGAACUUUAGAGCCACCAACUGGUUCAGUAUCAGGAGAAGCCAGGGACCUCCAAGAGUGGUGGGACAUUCGGCUUUAAUCUUGGAAGAUUCCAUGCUAGUCCUUGGCGGAGGCAUUUCUAACAGUAACCCAAAUAGUACUUUGUGGCAAUAUCAUUUUCCAUCUCAAACGUGGAUAAAAUUGCCUAGCUCAGAGGCACUUUCCUCCAAAGCUUAUCAUCAGAUGCUGCCAACUGGAUUUGGUUUCCAAGGGACUGCUGAUUGCCCACUGAGAUCGCUUGGUUCCUUGAAGUCUAAAGAAAAGGGUUGUUCAAGGCUACUGACUCUUUCUAAGCAGCACACCUGUUUUUUUGAGUAUCUUCACGAGGAGCCUACAUACCAGAUACUCAACAAUGAGGGUGGCUCCGACAUAGAAAUGAAAACGUUUUGCCAGUCUUCAAGGGAUUCUCUAGGAUUCACCCCCUAUCAAACCACAACCAGUGCAGAAUUGAAUUCAGAUCCGGCAGCAGAGUUGCUGUGUGAAGAAAGAACCUCGUAUCUCAACGUUGCCAAGGAACAGGAAGUUGCCACCAUGGAUCUAACAGAUGGAGGGCCAAGCUUGGACACUCUGAAAAAUGAAUGUGGAGACAUUUUUGAAUCCUCUGUUGUGAUGCUACUUGUUGGCGGUAAACCUCUGUCCAGUUCGUCUGCAAUCUCAUUUUGGCAAAUUGAACUAAAUGGAACUUAAAUACCAGACCACUCUCAGGAGGCAGAAGACAUGCCUCAGUUCAGUGAACUCAGCGUCUAGGAAGAAUCACUUGGCAGUUCUUGCUUAUGGUUGUAUCAUGAAACCUAAAUUCACACUUUGUAUGACCCUGAAAUACAAAGGAAUUCAUAAAACAUUCAGUGUGAGCUUUUUCAGCUCUUUGCUCUAUAGACAACUUGGGUCUGUAGAUGUCGAUGAGGCAGUAGGAUUAGGAAUUAGCAACAGCAGCCAUUGGUUGCAUUCAUUUCUUUGUAAGUAUGUGUGUGUGUGUGUGUGUGCACGCCAUUUCAAAGCCCAAAUUGCCUGUAUAAAGGAUGCAGUAAAAUCAUUCCCAUGACUAAGCUAGGUAAUCAUAAUUAAGUUCACUGGCUGCGUUGGCAUGGCAGGCUUACCUGCUUAUGCAAGGAAAACUUAACCAUCAUUUAUUCAGCAAACCCAAUAUUCUGCAUUUGCACUGUAAGCUAAUCUUCUGGAUUCUGAUAUAUGUUAGAUAUGUUUGGCUAUCUAACAGGUUAACACAGGUGCUUGCUCUCUAUAUUGAGUUUACAAUUGAAAUGAUAUUUGAACGGGGGAGGGGGGUGUUUCUUAGCAUAUGCUUAGCUGUUGUACUGCACUACUUAAAACCAUUUUCCCUAAAUAUGAAAUUCAUGAGGCUCCUAUAUUAGUUCCUCCGAUACAAGUUAAAGUGCCAGAACCAUGUAAUUUUAUAGAUCUAUAAGAGUAAUAGUGUCUGUUACAGCACAGCUCAGACAAUCUUAAUUCACAUCAAAAUAAGGCUCUCCAAUUGUUGUUCUACCCACCAGGUAUGCAACCGCAAGUACAAUUGAGCCUUACACAGGUCACAUACAAAUAAUUUGAUGUCCUGCAGUGAUGCUUCUUGAUUGUUGUUUUUUCUUGUGAAGUUCACUGUCAAGAAUGCCUAGGCAU